AUGAAGUGUGAAGCUUCUAAGGACUCGGGUUUGCUUGAUUCAGGUCGUGAUGUGAUGUUUCCAAGACUUAUCUUCGAAUUAGCAACAGCUAUUGUACGUGACAUUCGAUUAAAUCGAAGUUGGCAUAAACUGAAUAUUGAACAUGGUAACACUGUUUUGCCUGGUGACACUGUUUUACAAGGUGACAAUGUUUUACCUGGUGACACUGUUUUACCUGGUGACACUGUUUUACAAGGUGACAAUGUUUUACCUGGUGACACUGUUUUACCUGGUGACACUCUUUUAUCUGGCGACACUGCUUUACCUGGUGACACUGUUUUACCAGGUGACACUGUUUUACCAGGUGACACUGUUUUACCAGGUGUCACUGUUUUACCUGGUAACACUGUUUUACCAGGUUACACUGUUUUACCAGGUGACACUGUUUUACCUGGUGACACUGUUUUACCAGGUUACACUGUUUUACCAGGUUACACUGUUUUACCUGGUGACACUGUUUUCCUUGGUGUCACUGUUUUACCUGGUGACACUGUUUUACCAGGUGACACUGUUUUACCUGGUGACACUGUUUUACCUUGUGACACUGUUUUACCCGGUGACACUGUUUUACCUGGUGACACUGUUUUACCAGGUGACACUGUCGUACCUGGUGACACUGUUUUACUUGGUGACACUGUUUUCCCAGGUGACACUGUUUUACCUGGUGACACUGUUUUACCUAGUGUCACUGUUUUACCAGGUCACACUGUGAGACCUGGUGACACUGUGAGACCUGGUGACACUGUUUUACCUGGUGACACUGUUUUACCUGGUGACACUGUUUUACCUGGUGACACUGUUUUACCAG